GGGGGUUUCGCUAUGUUGUCUUCAGAUAAACGUUGGCGGUGACGUUACACUUAGAUUUGUGUUGUUGUCGAUAAACGAACACGUUUUUAAAAUCUAAAAACAAUAGUCAUAGCUGUCGAACGUUCGUCUCAAAGUCAUGUCCUUGCGCAGGUCUGGGAUGGAUCAAUGUGAAGACAUUGGAAAUCUCAGCAACAUGGUUGAGGGGGUGGAACUGAAUAAUGAUCCAGAUGACUCCUCAAAGAAGCCACCCGUCGCCAUUGACAUGCUCAGAAUAAAGCAGCAAAUGUCCAACCAGUGUUUUGAGAUGAAUGUGCACCUAAAUACAGGGAAGAGUCAGCGCUCCUGCAGCUCACCUGAGCCCGACAGAGAGUUGCCAGAAUACAUGACUGAGCUGGAAAGAAUCAAAACCACAUAUUUCAACAGCACCUUGACUUUACACAGAUUGCAGAUGGCACACGCCAUAGAAGAAAGUCUGAAGGACAAUGACGCUGAAACCAAUGAACUGAAGGAGCGUUGCAUGGAUUUAUGUUCACGCAUUAAACAACUUCAGCUAGAGUCGAGAGCACUGCAAGAUGAAAUAAUAGAUAUUCAGAAACAGCGACACGAGCUGAAGCGACUCACCAAUGAGAAGAUGAAGGAGAUCAGGAAGGUGAUGUCCAACAUCCAAAACCCCGAGGUGGAGAAGUACAAAGCUCCACUGGAGAAAGCUCAAUCUAAUCUGGAGAAAUUCAAAAAGAUGGCUGUCAUGAUCCAGAACAUUUUCAGGGGGAUUCUCCUGGCUUUCAAAGUCAACUGGAUGGAUGAUCCUGCUCUGCGUGACGUGGUCAUGACGCUGGAGGAGCUUCCUAUUUCUGACUAAGGAAUUCACCAAUGUCUACCUAUUAUUUAAACUUUUAUUUGAGUGCUUACUUGGAUGUUUGAUAACAAUGAAUAAAACCACACAGGAGUGUGUCCCUCCUUCGAA